GUCUACACAUGAGCAUCUUCUCUCACACCUCGCUAACGCUUGUUUUCUGUGUACAGUCGUGUUUACCAACUGUAAAUGCUUCGUGUUUGCUUUACUGAAACCACUCCAAACCCAACAUACUAAACUGUUCAUGGCAACACUUGAGGGUUUGAGAGGAGGAGGAGAACGAGUUUUCGAUCAGCCAGGCAUAAAUGGAGAUGAAGAGGAGGAAGACUCAGCCGCAGUUUUACUCAGUGUUUUGGCACAGCACGGACACGUGGGCCUCUGCUUCUAUAACAGUGAGAACUCUUCUUUACACUAUAUGAUAGACACGCCUGACAACCAUGAGCUCCAACUGCUGGCCUCAGUUAUCCAGGAGGUUAGUCCCCAUGUAAUCAUUACCAGCGCAAAGCAGGAACGCUGCAUGACCCGCUUCCUUCAACAACUCGGUUCAAACCCAGACUACAAACCAGAGGUGGUUACUUAUCCAUAUGUUGACUUUGGUCUGGAGGUUAGUAAGCAGAGGCUGCUCUCUGCCCAUCUACCUUUCCUUCCACCUUCCAUUUCAGAGAGAGACAAAAUGUCCUACCUCUCCUCCUGUAUCUCCUUUGACUCUCCUCUGAUGUUGAGGACAGUGGGCGCUUUGCUAAAAUGUCUGGACAGGAGGAGAGUGGGAGUGGAACUGGAAGACAGCAGUGUUAGAGUUCCUAUCCUGCAGUUCAACGCCUACUCACUGAAGGGUGUGGUGUAUAUUGAUCGAGACACGUACAGUGUACUGCAGAUCUUCAAGUCGGAACUCCACCCAUCAGUGUACAAGCUGCAUUCAGGCGAAAAAGAAGGACUCAGUCUUUAUGGUAUACUAAACCGCUGUAGGUGUAAGUUUGGAUCCAGACUACUCCGCCAGUGGUUUCUGAGGCCAACACGGGACCUGGCUGUUUUACACAGAAGACAGGAAGUGAUACGUUUCUUCACCUCACCACAGAACUCAGACGUGCAGAGCACCCUGCAGUCUUCGCUGCGCAACAUCAGAAACAUACCAACUCUUCUGCGCAGGAUGUCGCUCUCUCACACCAAAGUGACUGACUGGCAAGGUCUCUACAAGACGGUGUACAGUGCAGUGUGUAUCAGGGACACUGUGCGGCACCUGCCUCAAUCCAUUCAGCUCUUUCAUGAAAUCAGUGAAGGGUUCUCCGAUGACCUCCACCACAUCUCCUCCGUCAUCAGCCGAGUUGUGGAUUUCGAAGCCAGCCUUGCAGAGAACCGCUUCACCAUCAAACCAAAUGUGGACCCGGCUAUAGAUGAGAAGAAGAGGAGGAUGAUGGGAUUGUCUGAUUUCCUGACAGAUGUCGCCAGAAGAGAGUUGGAGCAUCUGGACGCUUGCAUCCCGUCCUGUUGCGUCAUCUACAUCCCUCUGAUUGGAUUCCUGCUCUCUGUUCCUCGCCUGCCCGGUAUGGUUGAGAGGGAGGAUUUUGAGAUAGAGGGGCUUGAUUUCAUGUUUCUCUCAGAGGACCGUCUGCACUACCGCAGCCAGAGAACCAAGGAGUUAGACCACCUCCUGGGAGACCUGCACUGUGACAUCAGAGACAUGGAGACGGCAGUUAUGACACAACUGCAAAACACAAUCCUGGAGAGGAGCAGCUCCCUCUACAAGGUCCUGGAUCUCGCUGCAGAGCUCGACUGUCUGAUGGCUAUGAGCAGCGCCUCCCAGGAGUACGGCUAUACCUCACCCAAGCUUACCAGCCACAGGAGCAUAACAAUCGUACAGGGCAGACAUCCACUGUUGGAGCUGUGCUCUCCUGUGUUUGUGGCCAACUCCUUCCAGAGCUCAGAGUUGCAGGGCAGAGUCAAGAUCAUCACGGGACCCAACUCAUCUGGCAAGAGCAUCUACCUCAAACAGGUGGGUCUGAUUGUGUUCAUGGCUCUGAUUGGUUCAGAUGUGCCGGCGAAGGAGGCAGAGAUCGGUCUGGUGGAUGGAAUCUUCACCCGCAUGCAGAGCAGAGAGUCUGUGUCUGUAGGCCUCAGCACCUUCAUGAUUGACCUCAACCAGAUGGCCCAGGCUCUUAACUGCAGUACUGGCAACUCAUUAGUUCUCAUCGAUGAAUUUGGAAAAGGAACUAACACAGUGGACGGACUGUCGCUGCUGGCUGCAUCAAUGUCUCACUGGCUGAGAAAAGCUCCAGUGGAUGUUCCUCACGUCCUGUUGGCUACUAACUUCCACAGUUUGCUGCAGCUGGGCCUUCUACCCUCCUCUGCCCUGCUGUCUCUCCUGACUCUAGAGACAGCAGUGGACGGGGAUGAGUUGGUGUUUCUGUACCAGUUGAAAGAAGGGAUCUGUCACUCCAGCUAUGCUGCCAACAUCGCCACUCUGGCAGGCCUGCCAGUUAACCUUGUUCAAAGAGGAGUGGAGGUGUCUGAGCUUUACAGAACAGGACGACCCAUCAAACGCAUUGACAAAGUUUCAUCAGAUGAGCAGGCAAACAGGUGCAGGUCUGUGGUGGAGAGGUUUCUGAACCUGAACCUGGAGGACAAAGAGUUGGAUCUGCAGAGCUUCAUGAAGGAAGAGCUCCUGCCCUCUGCUGGAGAGCUGCUGAACCACAGCUGAACUCUCUUCAGGUCUCAGUGCGGUCAGUCGGUGUUGGGAGCAGGCUUUAAGUGAUGUUCUACCUGGAUACAUUUAUCUACUUACACUGUACAUUAACUGUGGCACCAACAGUUUAUAGCUGGCGUGCGUUACAAAAACCCAGCAAGAUUUCCUUUUGUGUUUUGUUCCAUGUAAAUACUGUUUAAGAAUAAUAAAUGUGACA